AUGAUUACUUCCGAGCUUCCGACAGGCCUAGAAGAGGUGGAUGUUAUCAUUGUCGGAGGAGGCACUGCCGGCCUGAUAGUCGCGGCCAGACUUGCUGAUACAGAGCCUCAGUCUACGAUACUUGUGAUUGAGGGCGGAUCGGGCAACUAUCGCGCACCUACCAUCGUUCAUCCGGCUCUAUACCGAGCAAACUUUGCCCAGAGAAACACGAGUCUGAUGUAUGUGUCCGUCAGGGAGGAAAACGUGGCAGACAGGUCUAUCGUGGUAGCCGCUGGCAGUGUUUUGGGGGGUGGCUCGUCAGUGAACGGCGCCAUAUAUGCACGUGCCCAGCAGACUGACUACGAUGCAUGGGCAACGAAAGGAUGGUCCACCGACGAGCUCAUUCCUUUUUUGAAAAAGUUUGAGAAUUUCAACGCCCAAACACGCGGUGAUACUCACGGAUAUGACGGUCCCACUGCUGUUUCUGACGGCCGAUAUAGCUGUCCUCUACUCAAGGACGAUUUCGUAUCUGCAGUUGAGCAGAGCGGGUUACCUCAAGUAGAGGACUUGCAAGAUCUCGUGUCGAACAACGCCGUCUCUGCUGCACAUCGUUACGUGUCGGCAGAGACGGGCGAGCGGCAAAACACCGCUCUUACCUACCUACAUCCUCGUCUCCAGAGUGGAGUUACAAAAAACUUGAUCGUUCUCGUCCAGUCCCAGGUAACAAAAAUCCUCAUAGAUGACACCAAACGAGCUUCCGGUGUCGAAUUUCGUGCCAACCCGGUUUUCGGCUCAACUACUUCCAGUUCGUUAAGAACGACAAUCAAAAGCAGACGAUUGGUCGUGGUUUCGGCGGGAACACUAGGCACGCCACAAAUCCUUGAACGAUCAGGCAUUGGCGGUAGUGAUAUCUUGACACAAGCUGAAAUCCCGGUUACAGCAGAUUUACCUGGAGUCGGCAAUGGUUAUCAGGACCACCACAUGGUCCUGGGCACGUACAAUUCGACUUUAACCCCUGCGCAAUCCGUAGACAGUGUCAUCAACGGAGCAUUAAAUACUACCGAACUACUCGCAACUAAUGCCAACAUCUUGAGCUGGAACGGGGUAGACGCCUCCUCUAAGAUUCGACCAAGCCAAGAAGAUGUAGCUGGCUUCAAGCCCCAGCUCCGGAAAGUGUGGGACCAAUCCUUUGCAAACGUCCCGAACAAACCACUUGGAUCAUUAGUUCUGGUGGCAGGUGUUCUUGGUGACCCUACUGCGUACCCAAAAGGGCAUCAGUAUUUCACAAUAGGGUGUUAUAGUCCGUAUCCUCGAUCUAGAGGACAUGUGCAUAUCACCGGCCCUGAAAUGGGAGAUUCACUAGACUUCAAAACAGGUUUCCUCUCAGACGAGGACGGGGCAGACGUACAAACGCUUGCCUGGCUGUACAAGAAACAACGUGAAGUGGCAAUGAAGAUGAAAUUCCAGCUUGGGCCGAUCUCCCCAGAACCUCUCUUUGCCAAGGGCCUGGCAGUAGCAGAUGGGAAAAUCCAGUACUCACCCGACGACGAAUUGGCCAACGAGCAGUGGGUCAGAGAGAACGUAAACACGGCAUACCAUCCAAUGGGCACGUGCAAGAUGGGACCAAUAGAAGAAAAGGGGGUCGUUGAUAGCAGUCUAAGUGUUUAUGGCAUCAAAGGGUUAAAGGUCGCUGAUAUGAGCAUUGCUCCGGAAAAUGUUUCGGCUAAUACGAUGAGUACAGCCCUCUUGAUUGGAGAAAAGGCGGCAGACAUUUUCAUCAAAGAGUUAGGCUGGGGGCAUGCGUAA